AUGGGGGAUGCACAGCAGCAAAACAGGGCCCAGGAAUCCCCCAGCUUGCAGGCAGCGACGUGUUCCAGAAUCCGGGGGCGCUGGAAUGGGCCGUUGGCGUCGCCUCCUCUCGUGCGACAACACGAGAUACUGUGCAUACGAUGCAUGCGAUGCAUCAACUACCUAGACAUUACAUACCAGACCAGUUGGCCCAUGCUCAGCCAUAACAGAUACACGAAGCUCGCCCGCCUCGAGUGGGAGUCCGCUCCAAGCCCGCAAAGACAUGCAUUCGCAAUAAUAAGAUAA